AUGGUCGAACGCGCCCUGCCCGAGUACGACUACAUCUUUGCCUUUGGCUUGAUCUUUGCCUUCCUUGACGCCUGGAACAUCGGUGCCAAUGAUGUCGCCAACUCCUUCGCGACCUCCGUCUCCUCCAGGUCCCUGACCAUGUUGCAAGCCAUGGCCAUUGCCACCGUCUGCGAGUUUGGUGGUGCUGUCCUUGCCGGAGCUCGUGUCUCUGGCACAAUCAAAAACGGUAUCAUCUCUACCUCCGAGUACGAAAGCAACCCCUCGGUGCUCAUGCUGGCCAUGCUUUGCGCCCUGGUCGGUUCCUCGCUCUGGCUUACUCUCGCCACCAAGAUUGGUCUGCCCGUGUCGACGACCCACUCCAUUGUCGGUGGUAUCAUCGGUGUGGCUUUCGCCACCAUUGGUGCAAAUGGCGUGGACUGGUCUUGGGAAGGUGUCUCGCAAGUCUUCGCUGCCUGGGGCAUUGCUCCCUGCAUUGCUGGUGCUUUCGGUGCCAUUGUCUUCCUCAUCACCAAGUAUGGUGUGCUCGAGCGCAAGAACCCUCUGAUCUGUGGUUUCUGGAUGAUUCCUUUCUACUUCGGUGUCACCUCGGCCGUCCUCACCAUGAGCAUUGUCUGGAAGGGCGCUGCCUCUCUCAACCUUGAUGACUGGGGCACAGCCCCCACUGUUGGUACCAUCUUCGGUACUGCUGGUGGUGUCAUCCUGCUGUACGCUCUCUUUCUUCUGCCCUAUCUUUACCGGAAGCUCUACCUGGAUGACUGGACUAUCAAGUCAUGGGAGGUCAUCAAGGGUCCUAUGCUGUGGUUCCGUGGCGACGUUCCUCCCAUGCCUGAAGGUAUGGAGAAGCAAAUCGUCCAGGACUACUACCGUGGCCACACCGUCAAGAACGGUCACCCUGCCAUCACCAACAACGUCCCUGCCACUAGCAACCCCGAAGACAUCGAGAAGAACGCUGCUAUCAACGCCUCGUCGGACAGUGAUAUUGUCGCCCCCGAGCAUGCCAACGGUACUGCUCCCCUCACCGGCCAGGAACUCGCCAGGUCCAAGGCGUACGCUCAACCCUGGACUACCGCCGGCGGCUUCUUCGCUCGUGCCAAGUACUUCUUCUUCCGCGGUGUCAACCGUGACAUUGUCGAGGAGCAGGGCAUGGCUGGCCAUGAGCCCAAGGGUUUCGCUGCUAAGAUUCUCGCAAAGGAUCUCUCCAAGGUGCACUGCCACGUUCCCGCCUACGACAACAAGACCGAGCAUCUGUACUCCUUCCUUCAGGUCAUGACCGCCGCCGUCGCUUCAUUCGGUCACGGUGCCAACGAUGUCUCGAACGGUGUCGGUCCCCUCGCUGCCAUCUACCAGAUCUGGAGGACUAACGAAGCUUCUUCCCGAUCUGAAGUCCCCAUCUGGGUCCUGGUCUAUGGAGGUGCUGCUAUCUCUAUCGGUCUCUGGACUUACGGUUACAACAUGAUGCGUAACCUGGGUAACCGCCUCACCCUGCACUCUCCUUCCCGUGGUUUCUCCAUGGAGUUGGGUGCUGCUCUUACCGUCGUUCUGGCUACCCGUCUUGCCCUGCCCACCUCCACCACUCAGUGCAUCACUGGUGCCACCGUCGGUGUCGCCCUCUGCGCUGGAACCAUCAAAGCUGUCAACUGGAGAAUGAUUACCUGGAUCUACAUGGGCUGGUUCAUCACCCUCCCAGUCACCGGUAUCAUCUCCGGCUGCACCAUGGCCAUCAUCAUCAACGCCCCGAGAUGGGGCCUGCAGCCUGGCCAGUAA